GGCGAGGAACUCUUGCUGGUUAUAGAGUACAUGGAUGGAGGUGUCCUGAGCGACAUCGUCAGCCAGACCUGCCUGUCUGAAGAUGAGAUGGCAGCCAUCAGUCGGGAGUGCCUGCAAGGACUGGAUUUUCUUCAUGCAAACGAUGUGAUCCAUCGAGACGUGAAGAGUGACAACAUCCUUCUCAGAACGGACGGUUCUGUCAAACUGGCUGAUUUUGGCCUCGCUACUCAGCUCAGCCCUGAGCAGAGCAGACGGUGCUCGGUAACCGGGACUCCUUGGUGGAUGGCGCCUGAAGUGGUGACAGGUCAACCAUAUGGCCCCAAAGUGGACAUAUGGUCUUUUGGAAUUGUGGGAAUUGAAAUGAUAGAACAAGAACCUCCUUACUUGGGCGAAAGUUCUGGCACGGCUACAUACCUGAUAGCCACAGUAGGGACUCCACAGCUGCGGCAGCCCAAGCUCCUCUCGGCUUUGCUGCGUGACUUCCUGAGCUGCUGCCUGCAGACAGACGAGGAGCAGCGCUGGUCUGCCAAGGAGCUCCUGCAGCAUCCAUUUGUAACUUCAGCCAAGCCACCAUUCAUCCUGGCACAAGUCAUCAACUCGGUGAAGAAGACGAAUAACCCUAACCCUAAACUCUAAACCUAAAACCUAACCCUAACCUUAAAUGCUAACCCAAACCCUAACCCUAUCCCUAUCUCUAUCCCUUACCCUUUCCCUUACCCUUUCUCUAACCCCAACCCUAAGCCUAAG